CCGCAACUCGGAACGCAAUUUGCGCGGAGCGUGGUUUCCCCCCGAGCCGGCUCCGGGGCACCUGUCCCUGUGACGCAGGCGCUGUGCCCCUCAGACGGCAUGGAGGCCGUGGGUGUUGUGUGUGUGGCGGUGGCCCUCCUAGCACCGGGCAUCUUCUGGGCUUGGCACUUCUUGGAACGAAUGAAGAGUCAGGUGCAGGCUGGCCUGUUGGGAAGCGGAAGCCGGGCCCUCCUGGUGAUCGCGCACCCCGACGACGAAGCCAUGUUCUUUGCUCCCACUUUGCUAGGCUUGGCCCGCCUGAGGCACCCGGUGUUCCUGCUCUGCUUCUCUGCAGGGAAUUACUACAAUCAAGGGGAGAUUCGUAAGAAAGAACUUUUGCAGAGCUGUGAUGUUUUGGGGAUUCCACCCACCAAUGUAAUGAUUAUUGACAGCAGGCUAGUCACUGGUGAUCCUGAGACACCCCCAGAAGCUGCCUGGCUCUGCUUUUUAAAGCACGUCUUCAACCUCCCUUUAGAUCUUCUCAGGGUUUCUACUGGCUUCAGCAGCCCCGCUCCUCAGAGCGGGAGGCCCGGUGGCCCUGUGGGCAGCAGCGUUAGCAGUCUGAGGCCCUGUGGGACUGCACAGGCCCCAGGUUUUCUCUGUCAUUGCUCAGAGACUCAGGUGCCCAAGUCUGCUCAGCCCUCAAGUGUUGAAGAGUUAACACCCUGUGAAGAUAAAUAGCUUUCUCCUCUGGACAGCUGAGCAGUUCUGAGAUGCUUUCAUACAACUUCAGACAGUCCCAUGAGAUCACGCAGCCAAUGCCCAUGCAGGGGUCAAGUUGAUAAAGCGUCCCUCCCUCUGUCACUCCUGCUUCCAGGGGUCACACACCCCAAUAAAAUACACAUGAACCUUAGGCUCUGCUUUCUGGGAAACCCAGAUGAGGAUAUCUGCAGAAUCUGACACAUCCAGAGCCCUUUCUCUAGUUCUCUCGCAAACUUACUUUGCUUUCAAAAUUCAAUUCCUCUAAAUACAUUUCUACUUUCACAUGUCUCAUUCUUUUAGACUGGGAAGUCAAAACCAAAAUUAAACUUGAGUAACUUGUGGAU